AUGUUUACAGUAUACGGCGCGAAGCGCGAACAAUGCGUUAAAUCGCAAAUACGAUACAAACACCGCCGCGGCGGAGAGAAAACCGCCUCCGUCGGUGCACCGACGGAGGCGACGUACGCAGACAAAGCCGCGACGGAGCGAGUCGUCGUACUCCCCCAAAUUAGUCCUGCGCCGGGGGCGCUGACCCCGCUCCAUGCCACGCGCACCACCGCACACGCACCCGACACAAACAGCUGCUCCGGCCAUAGAUUCAGACAAACAAAACAAACAACGCCAUCGGACCAGUCA